GCUUCUUCCAGUGCGAGCUCGGCUGCUGUCCGAAAAUGUUGAUUAUUUACGUGUCCGCGCUUCUAGCGGUCGCCGCUACCCUUGCUCUGAAGUACGUCUACUCGUACUGGGACAGGCAUGGACUAUCGAGCAUUAAACCUCACAUUCCGUUCGGCAAUCUGCUAACUGUAAUAAAGAAAACGGAAUCAUUUGGAUUUGCCAUCAACCAGCUCUACUGGCAGACGAAAGGUCAACUGGUUGGAAUAUAUUUGUUCUUCCGGCCGGCAAUCCUUGUUCGGGACGCACAUCUGGCGCAGCAGAUCAUGACCACGGAUUUCAAUCACUUCCACGAUCGAGGCAUCUACUGCAAUGAGGAGGGUGAUCCCUUCUCCGCCAAUCUGUUCGCCCUGCCCGGUAAACGUUGGCGUGCAUUGCGGAACAAGCUAUCGCCUCUGUUCACCGGUGGGCAACUCCGUGGCAUGAUGCCAACCAUUCUGGAAGUUGGUGAUAAGCUGCAAAAAUAUCUGCAACCAGUAGCCGAGAAGCAAGAAGUGAUAGAAAUUCGCGAUAUCCUAUCUCGGUUUGUGCUUGAGAUAAUUGCAACAGUGUUUUUUGGGUUCGAGGCAAAUUGCAUCGAAGAUCGUGAUGACGCAUUCAGCAAAGUGCUACGUCGAGCACAAGAGGAACGACUCUCUGCCAGGUUUCGGGCAUCCGCUAUGUUCAUUUGCCCGAGUCUGCUAAAAUACACGGGAAUUUCGUCGCUGGAGCCCGACGUGAUUAAUUUUGUCUCUGGAAUAGUGACGAAGCAAAUCGAACACAGGGAAAAGAUGGGCGUGAAUCGGAAGGAUUUUAUCCAACAAUUGAUCAACAUUCGUCAAGAGGGUGAUCAAAACCAAGGCGUGGCAAUGAGCUUAGAGCAGUGUGCAGCAAAUGUGUUUUUGUUCUACGCAGCAGGGUCGGAAACAUCCACGGGGACAAUAGCCUUCGCAAUGCAUGAGUUAAGUCAACAUCCGGAUGUAAUGAAGAAACUGCAGACGGAGAUUAUUGAAACGCUUGAUAAAUUUAACGGAAAAAUUACGUACGACAAUGUGAAACAAAUGCCAUAUUUGGAUCUCUGCAUCAAAGAAACAUUACGAAAAUAUCCCGGCCUUCCAAUUUUGAAUCGAGAAUGCACACUGGACUACCAUGUGCCAGAUUCUGAUAUGGUAAUUACGAAAGGCACUCAAGUUGUGAUUCCACUUUACGCAUUCAGUAUGGAUGAGCAGUACUUCCCCGACCCCGAUCGCUUCAAUCCUGAACGCUUCGAGGAAGCGACAAAAAACUACGAUGAAAAUGCGUAUUAUCCAUUUGGGGAAGGGCCUCGCAAUUGCAUAGCUUUCAGAAUGGGUGUACUGAUAGCAAAGAUUGGAUUGGUUUUGCUGCUGUCGAAGUUCAACUUUGAAGCUACUCAAGGCCCAAAAAUAGUGUUCAGUCCUGCAUCGGUGCCGCUGUUACCGAAAGACGGGAUCUUUCUCAAGAUUUCUGGUAGAUAAAUGUUUGCAUUGGAUAUAUAAAAUUAAUUUACAAGAUAUUGUUAGUCGUUAGCCAUUUUGAUAUACAAUUCCCUGUAAUAAUAAAAAAAAAUGACAUUUUAAAAUUGCAAUGAAUAAAAUGAUGAAGACGUAACAUUUUCUUUAUGUAAA